AUGCUGGCCUCAGUCACUCACGACUCACGCCCUCUCAUCUGCAGUGGACCGGUGGACUACAGCCGCCUGCCCGAGACUGUGCAGUACCUGAGGAGGACUCAAGGAGUGCUGAAGUGGAGAGCCAGGCCCGGACUGGACUGCUGGCUCUCAGAGAGGCGCUUCUGGAACAGGCUUCGGUAUCACAUGCCUCCAGAGUCGUCAGGAAGGAGCCGGGCUGGGCCUAGAGUAAUGGCCCAGUCAGAGUUAGUCGAGUCCAAGUCCCUCACAAGUCUCAAAGUAGAGUCUGAGACGAGCUCUCAGGCCUGGACAGAAUGCGGGGUCACACUCUUGGACAGACCUGAAUAUUGUGGCUGA